GUCUACCGCUGACCAAUGGACAGCCUCCGCCUGACCGUCCCCCUCGUUCAUUGGCUGAGUUGGUUUAUGGCUCCGCCCUGCAGCGCUUUCCGCCAAAAACUGAACCGCGCUUUGUACAGUGUGUACAGUAGCUAUCCGGUUAUCAGUCGGAGCUCAGAGCGGCACCUUUACCGAGCUUCUCCAGGUUUAAACAUGGUUCCGACCCCCAAACGAGCCUGUCCCAGCCCUCUGAACGACAGCAUGGAGAAGAGGAUUAAACGCAUCUCUAUCGAGGGUAAUAUCGCUGCGGGUAAAUCCACUUUUGUCCGGGCUCUGCAGGAACAUGAUAAAGCGUGGGAGGUAGUACCGGAACCCAUCGCCAGGUGGUGCAAUGUACAAACUCAGCACAGCGACUUUGAGGAGCUGACCACCUCUCAGAAGAGCGGGGGUAACGUGCUGCAGAUGAUGUAUGAGAAGCCGGAGCGAUGGGCCUACACGUUUCAGAGCUACGCCUGUAUGAGCCGUGUGCGUGCUCAGAUCAACUCCGCCAAUGGCAAACUGAGGGAAGCUGAAAAUCCUGUGCAGUUCUUCGAGCGAUCGGUCUACAGCGACAGGUAUAUUUUCGCUGCAAAUCUGUAUGAGAGCGAAUGUGUGAAUGAGACUGAGUGGGCUGUUUACCAGGACUGGCACAGUUGGCUGCAUAAACAGUUUGGCAAACACAUUGAACUGGAUGGCAUCAUCUACCUACGGGCAGCCCCAGAGAGAUGUAUGGAGCGGCUGCGUGUGAGGGGCAGAGAGGAGGAGCAGGGGAUUCCUCUGGAGUAUCUGGAGAAACUCCACUACAAACAUGAGUGCUGGCUGCAGCACAGAAACAUGAGCAUGGAGUUUGAUUACCUGAAUGAAGUCCCCAUCCUCACUCUGGACGUUAACGAUGACUUCAGAGGAGAUAGUAUCAAAUGCGCCAACAUGAUUGAAAAGGUGAAAGAGUUUCUGAGCACUUUAUGAGUUUCACGUAUUACACCUGUGUGUAAUGCGUGUGUGUGUGUGUGUGUUCUGUGUACAUGACAUUUUGCGCUUAAUGUAUUUUUUAAAUUGUAUUUUAUGUAUUUGCUUUAUUAAAUAAACAUUGAUUUAAUCUACAGUUGGAGAAA